AUGGAAUCGACAGCGGCCCCGGAUGUAUACUUCACCCUUGACGGCCGAGGAGCCGUGACUGCGAUCACAAUAAACGACAGAGAGGUGAUAGAACGCAAAGUGCUGUUGGACUCCGAGCUAUUGCCUUCAUGGGUCAUAGCUCUACAUGAGAUGCGAGCAAGUAUAGUCCCGAAUGCCAUGGAGUCGUGCGAUGUCUCUCCGCCGCCGCCUGGCGACCACCCCUCCGGCUUCGAUGGGGUAUGCUCCACCUCUGCAGAUGUCGAACGUGCAGCAAACGCUUUGGACGUGCAAGGGCUGCUGCAGCCGCAUCUAGAGUCAUCUGCUUCGCUGGGAGCGGAAGCAAGAACCGUAGACUCUGGCGUGGACUUCCCGUUCGACAUCCUUCCCGACUCUUCUGAAACCUGGGACGACCUCGCCCUCUUUAACCUGCCAGCCGUCCCCACGUCAGUUCCGGAGGUACCGGAUACUUCCAUUCCGGGGGCUAGUGAACCGCAAAAUUCGCAUACCGAUCCGAGUCGGAAUACACAAGCAAUGGCAGGGGGGCUGAAGCGGGCUCAGAAGCUGCAUCGGAUGUUGCAGGCGCUCGAGAAUCACGCGGUACUGGGCCGGGACGACCAUAACCGAGAGGUUGAAAGCCUCUACAACGGGCCGCAACUCCCUGCAUGCGAGUCGGAUGGGACCAUGGUGCACUUUGCCUCCGUGCUCGGAAGCCACAGCAGCAUUUCGGCCGCGGUUGGGACAAUAUACGGGCUGCUCAGCUGGAAUAUCUAUGGGUUGGAGGAGGAUCGUUUGAUACGAGAAGAGGGUCUAUCCCCUUACAUUGCAGCUAAGCAGAUGAACCAGAAAAUGACAAGUGCGCUGCGCUGUCGAGGCAAGUCCAAUGAUUGGGCUAGUGAUGGACGGCGGGCGGCAAAGGCGGUUUUUGGCGCUUUGAAAGGGACCAGCAUUUCGAUGCAGUCGUUUGCCCUGAUACUCCUCGCGGAGGUUUUCAGUCUCGACUAUCUCUUGAAGAUUGCCCAUUUUCCUGCGUUGCGAGUGACGUUCCAAGAGCAGUUUGCGAGGAUUGCACAAUCUCGGAGUGCGGAAUGGCGUGUCUACCUAGAACAUGACUACAAGGUGUUUGAUUAUCACCUUUUCCUGAGUCUCAAGAGUCAUUGUAUACCAGUUUCCCAGUCAGCCGUUCAGGCAACAUGA